AUGGCUUCAAAAGGCUGGUUCAGUGUGGGAAUGUUAUUUCUUAGCAUCUUUUUCCAUCUUGGCUCUGGUCAUAGGCUCCUAAAAGAGCCCCAUGCAAGCCACUUAGAUCCUCCCCCUUCUCCCAUUAUGCACAUUGGUGAAAACAGUUUUGCAACUUUACUGGCCUCAAACCCUGCCCUCAGAGAACACGUUCAUCAACUCAGCUUGGCAGCAGCACUAUCCCCAGCUGCUUCCCCCAGUAAUCACAUUCAUGGGCACAAUUCACCAUCAUCAGCACCAUCACUAUCCCCAGCCCUUUCCCCCAAUUUGCACAUUCCUGAAAAUAGUUUGUCACUAUCACAGGCUGUUUCUCCGCUCCCAAGGAAGCGCAUGCAGGAUGUUCAUUUUGAGUCGACGGAUUGGUUAGCUGAAGGAGCAAAGACCCCUAAAAGGAAACACCAGACGAAGCCAGUCAGGAAACCAAAGCAUAAAUCACGAUCUCGUCGAUCUGCCCAUGAUCUAACUAGCGAGCCGUGGUUCUUUGAUUCAUGGGAAAAGAAGACGGAUAGUGAACAUGACCUGCCUCACAACAAGCCAACUACCGAUCAACAGCAUGAGCAUUUGGUACAUAAACAAAGGGUCGAUAUGAUUGGAGCGAUGAAGUUGAACUCUCCAUAUGAAAAGGUGGCAUCCUGA